AUGAUCCAUGCCAGGCUCUUGGUCAGAGGUCGAAUCGGCCAACUUCAGCGUUCGGGUGCCAUUCUGAUCGGUGUUCGAGCCAGAAACUAUCCGUUCGGUAGCACUGAUCGGCACGUAGGGUAUUGAUCCGUUCAGUAUGGACGCCCUCAUUCCGUUCACGACGUCGGGGUCAUUAGUCGACAUCGUUGACAAACGGGUCUUGAUCGUACUGAGAGAUGGGAGGAACCUGUUCGGGGUUCUGCGAAGUUAUGAUCAAUACGCGAACUUGGUACUAGAAUCGACAAUAGAGCGAAUAUUCCAUACCCAUAAACCGAUCUAUACGGACGCCUAUGUCGGGCUAUUCUUGAUCCGAGGAGAAAAUGUUGUGCUUCUCGGCGAGGUCGAUCUCGAUAUGGAGGACGAAGUACCAGUACGACCUGCUGCUAAUGCCGAAGAAGCAAAAGAAAUCAUGGCUUCGAUCGAGGAGAAGAAGGCCUACAAGAAACGAACAGAACCCGUCAAGACUGACGCACUGACGAAGAUGGGUUUCAGUGCGAUCAAGGAGGAAGGGGAUAACUACUAAAUCAGCUUCGGAGCGGGAACGGUCAGCCCUUCUCGU